UCAUAAUCACUGGAAGAUGCAUUUUUGUGCACUCGUUUAAUUGACAUGACAUAUUGCAUUUUCCGCACAAGCAGGCAUUAUAUUGCUAACUGAAAUCAUGUAAUAGGGAAUACCAAUGUUUGGGGGGAAUGAAGCAAGACUAUUGAUAAAACAACUAGGUUUAACCACUGGUAACAUGUUAAAAAUGCAGAUCUCCACUAAUGUUUUUGUGAGAAUUGCUCUAAUGAAUUGAAAACUACAGUCUUCACUUUGAAAGGUUAGCUUUAAGAUAAGUGAUUUGAAAAGAAUUAUCUACAUUUAAACAUGUCUCAAAUAAAGCCUAGCAUUCUUUUUUCAGCAUUCAAUGAAAUUAUGUUUCAUGUCCUUAAUUCUUCAGAGAACAGUGUUAUAGAAUCCAAACACCUAUUUAGUUCAACAGUAUACAACUGCCGUGGCUAGAAGCAAUUAAUUGCUUAUUAAUGGUCCAUGGAGUAAGGCAAGACUGCAUGAGGCAGAAACUCGUAGGUGGCAACAUGAGGCAGGGCCAUAAUUCAGCAGAAAUGCUUUGGACAAAUGUUUCUAAGAUCAGCCCUUGACAGCUGUAGGUAAACUAUUGAAAAACAGGCAUUAAUUAUUCUAGAAAUCCAUUUCUGGUGAAAAAUAACAUGGGUCGGUGGUUUCAUUCUAUAUAAGUUGGCUUUAUGCAUCCAUUUAUCAGAAACAGUGACAGGACAUGUACUUUGCAGGCUGAUAUUCCAGGGUUCAGUUAUAAACAUCACCACAAAGACUCCUGUUUCAAAGUCAAGAAAGCUGUAGCCAAAGUUGACAUUACUGAAUUAGAUGAAGGUGUGGUCUGACUUGCUUUAAAAAUGAUGGUGCCAUCCUAUGCUUUCUCUACUUGCAUAUGCUCCAGUUAGAAUAGGGAUAGAUAGCUUGAUGGCCUUCUAACAUUUUGGAUUACUGUUCGAAUUGCCGUUGGGCAUUCUCUGUCUUGGCUGGGAACAAUUGCAGUUCAAAAUAUUUGGAGGGCCUGAUUCAAAGAACAAACCUGUCCAUAAAAGUUGAAAUGAAUCAAGAAAAGCAAGCUAAUCAUUGUCUAUUACAACCACAGAACAUUGUCAUGAUUAUAACAAAUUUGGAGCCAGUCUGGGCUUGAUCCUGAUACAUAACAAGACGGAAGUGGAAUCUUGGGUUCUGAUAUAAUGGUGAUUCUCCUACCAUAUCAACUUUUACUUACAGUAUUACUAAAGGGUAGAAUAAUGUGAUGGUUCUAUUCCUGUAUGAGCCAUGCUGGUGCAAUGGUUAGAGUGCAGUAUUGCAGGCUAAUUCUGCCCACAGACUGGAGUCUGUGAGGUCUGUAAAAUGAGGACCCAGAUUGUUGAAGGCAAGAGGCUUAGAGAGGACUGUAAAACAUUGUGAAGUGGUAUAUAAGUCUAAGCGCUAUUGCUAAGUAUGUACAAGAAAUAUAGAAAUACCUUGAUGAAGGGAUGCAGGAGCCAUUAAGGGAGGAGAAACAACUUAGUCUUGGGGAAGGGGAUAGUAGGAGGAACUCAAAAUAAUCCUUCCUUGAUUCUGUUUGUUUCUUUGUGCUCAGUCUUUACUGAAAAGAAGAGAUUUGUCCUUUUGUUUUGGGUGCCAGUGUUGCUAAUAGUGCUUGCUGUGCAUGAUUUGAAAGGAGGGGUUUUGGGUUUCCUCUGCUGAUAAACCCAACAUUUUUCAGGUUCGGCCAUCUGAAAAAGCAAUGGUAUUGCUUUAAAAGUUGCAGUAACUUUAAUGGUCGGAUUUCUUUAAAGAAACAUACAUCUUUUUCGGCUUCUGUGGAAGCCUGAAAAAAAUUGGGCUGCCUAAAUGUGUACCAGGGAGAAUACUGUCUUGUAGUAAAUCACUUCUAAAUUUCUUGCAAUAUGUGCAACUUUUGCUAAACAGAAAGUUUGGGAAGGCGGUGUACAAAAGACCAGUAGAUAAUUGUCGAUAAGAUCAAUGGAUGUUGAAAUUAUAGAUAUUUAAUUGAAAUUAAGUUGAUUAUGAAAUUCAGAUAUUAGAGUGGAAAGAUUGGCUGUUUUGAUGAGUUUCAGAAUUAACGUAAAAUGAAUGUCCAUACAAUUUUGUUUUAAAUCCUGUUUGAUCAUUAAGUGUUAAUCAUUACCUUUGUAUGAUUCAACUUAAUAAUUAAAAUAUACAUAGUGCUAAAUUUCAUUUUCACUCGCACUAAAAUGUUGCCUUUUCUCCCUGGAAUGUAGGGGUACUAUAUAAAAUUCACGGCAUUCCAAUACUUCUGGGUUAGUGCAGUUAUAAGAACAAGACAUUUUUAUCCCCUAGUCAUCCACCCACAGUGGUGUAGACAUUUAGUGAGCGUGUAAUUAAAAAGAAUCUUGAACUUGCCUGUCUUGGAUCCAAGUCCAAAUGUGAAAUGUUAUCUUUAUAAUCAAACAAGCAACUGUUCAAGAAAAUCUUUCAAAAAUGGAAAGUAAUCAAGAUAAUACCAUUUUUAAACAAUCACACAAUGAGCAGUAUGGAUUUGUCAGCCUAAAUUUUGUCCUGGAAAAUUGAAAAUCUGUUGAGCAGAUAAAUCAUGUCCCUCAUUAAUCUUAGUGUGUAAUUUUUUAGUAUUCGGUGAUGUGCAUAUGGUUAAUAAAUUCCACAUAAUAAAUUUCACAUUCCUGACAGUUAAAACAAUUGAUCCGUGGAACAACUUGCCUCCAGAAGUUGUGAAUGCUCCAACCCUGGAAGUUUUUAAAAAGAGAUUGGACAACCAUUUGUCUGAAAUGUUGUAGGGUUUCCUGCUUGAGAAGUGGGAUGGACUAGAAGACCUCCAAGGUCCCUUCCAACUCUUUUAUUCUAGUCUAUUCUAUAAACCUAAGGAACAUUAAUUUAAAUUGCAGUGCAAUCUUAGACAAAAAUAAGUAAGCGUAGGAUUUAAAUCUAUAAAACAUUUGAUCACUUUACUUGGUAGUAAAAACACAGUCUGCUCAGAUAUUGGCAUUCUUUUUCUCCAGACAAGUAUUUAUUAUUUAUUACAUUUAUUUACAUACCACCUAUUUAUGAGAAGUAAUUUUAUAUACCACAUGUGUUUGUAUAUACACAAACAUACACACAUGCAUACAUGCAUGUAUGUAUGUGUAUGUUUAUAUAUACACACACAUAACAGUCACCACAAAUCAUAAUUCAAAGCAUCAAAAAACUAUAAAAAAUUAAAUGGCUGCUUAGUAUCACUAUAAAAAACAAACUUCACAGAUUAUAACUGAGAAGACUAUCUAAACAAAACAGUGUUGACAGCCUUUUGGAAUAUUUGGGCUGUUUUGUCACUCUCAAGAGUGGAUUCAAGUUAUGACUGGUUUUCUUCCAGAAAUUAGCAACAAGACUAGUUGCAAUUAAUUUGCUAUAAAAUCACUUGACAUUUAUUGACUUGCGUAUUUAUUUUUCGUUCCUCUUCGUGAGAUAACAGACCUAUUAAACAUCUAAGAGGAAACUUCUCUAAUCAAAGAGAAUUAUUUUCUCAAACCCGCUUGCUUUCCUUUGGCCUUCUCAUUUGCUCAUAAGUACACAUUCCAAAGGACACCCUUCUUAGUAAUGGUGGCAUUAUGGUAACCUUUUCCAGCCUGGGAAGAAUACUUUCUAGAAAUAGGGGUUGUGGUUUUAGAGUAUCAAAGUGAGAGAAUCUGCACAAUCACAGAAGAAAGGCACAUCAAUUAUGUUAUGUUGCUGGGGAAUGUGCUUACAAAAUGUGUAUUUUGUAGAUUCAAAGAAAGGCUAUUCAUUUGCACUAUGUAAUCUGUGUAUCUCAGCAAUUGUUUAAGACAUGAUUGUGAAAUCUGGUCUCUGUGUUGUCUGUAUAAAGCAACGUAUAAUUUCCCCGAUUUUUCCAAAACCUGAUUAUGAAAUAAAAUUAGUAUUUUACUUAUAUAUGAACUGUCCUUCGCACUUUUCAGUUAAUAUAAAAUGUGAAGCAAGACGUGACAAUUACAAUCCCCAAAUACUUUUCAGUUAACUUUUAUUCACAGUUGUAUGAUUAUGGUCUGAAACUAGAUAACCGUUCACAAUAAAAUGGUAGAGUUUCAAAAACUUGCCUUAACUUAGCUUUGUUAACUUAUAGCCUGCUUCUUCAAAAUCCUAUUACCUUUGGAUCCUGAGACAAACAUCAGUUGUAAAAAAAAUUAAAAAAAAUAAAACCCUGCUUGGGUUCUGACUUGUUUAGGAUUCUUUCCUCUUCAACAUGGUGAGAUCAUGCUAAGGAGUCUCGUAGAUAAUUGGAUAAAAUGGAAAUUGAAUCUUGUUAACUGUCUCCUCCCCACGGUAGUAGAAGGGAGGGCAGAACUACUGUAAGCUGCCUUGUGAGUAAAGCAUGGAGCAUCCCAAUCAGCUACUUUGUGUAAAUAACUCCCACGUGAACUUCCGCCCUUUGAUUGUCGACAACAUUAAUCAUCGUGUAGUAUUAUUAGUGUAUCCCUGUUAUCCAUAGCUAACCCACAACACAUCCUUGUUUUUAAUAGCGCCCUUGCUAUACAUGACCACAAGUUUCAGGCGGAAUGUAAGUGGAAUUCCACGCAAGUGAACAUCAGAAAGGAAGAUUCAGUCCUUAUCUUGUAUAGACUACUGCUACAAUAAUAGAAGAAAGUGACAAGCAAGUACAACUAUUAUCAACAAUUAUUUUUUGAAUGUAUUUCUAAUACAAUAGUACCCCAGAAGAUGAUAAAGAAAUGAUAGCAGCUCAAGAACCAACAACUAAUUUUGCUCUAAUUCAGGAGUCUGAAACACAUUUUUCUUCAGAUACUGACUUUGAAGAUAUAGAAGGAAAAAAUCAGAAACCAGGAAAAGGAAAGACUUGCAAAAAGGGGAAAAAGGCUGCAGGAGAGAAAGCGAAAGUUGGCAAUGGAGGAGGAAAAGCUGGGGGUCUAAAUCGAAUGAAUGGGCAUCAUCAGCAGAAUGGUGUGGAAAACAUGAUGUUGUUUGAAGUUGUUAAAAUGGGCAAGAGUGCUAUGCAGUCUGUGGUGGAUGAUUGGAUAGAAUCCUACAAACAUGAUAGAGAUAUAGCCCUCCUUGAUCUCAUCAACUUCUUUAUUCAGUGCUCAGGUUGCAAAGGGGUUGUAACAGCAGAAAUGUUUCGCCAUAUGCAAAAUUCGGAAAUAAUUCGAAAAAUGACUGAAGAAUUUGAUGAGGACAGUGGGGAUUAUCCGCUCACCAUGGCUGGUCCUCAGUGGAAGAAAUUUAAAUCAAGUUUUUGUGAGUUCAUUGGAGUCUUGGUCCGGCAGUGUCAGUAUAGCAUCAUAUAUGACGAGUACAUGAUGGAUACAGUGAUUUCACUACUUACAGGACUAUCAGAUUCUCAAGUCAGGGCAUUUCGACAUACUAGCACACUGGCAGCUAUGAAGCUAAUGACCGCAUUAGUGAACGUGGCAUUAAAUUUGAGCAUUAAUAUGGACAAUACACAACGACAGUACGAGACGGAACGAAAUAAAAUAAUUGGAAAACGAGCUAACGAUAGACUGGAACUGUUACUGCAGAAAAGGAAGGAGCUUCAAGAAAAUCAGGAUGAAAUAGAAAACAUGAUGAAUGCGAUUUUUAAGGGUGUUUUUGUUCAUAGGUACAGGGAUGCAAUUGCUGAGAUUAGAGCAAUAUGUAUUGAAGAAAUUGGAAUUUGGAUGAAGAUGUAUAGUGAUGCCUUUCUCAAUGACAGCUAUUUAAAAUAUGUGGGGUGGACAAUGCAUGACAAGCAAGGGGAAGUGAGACUCAAAUGUCUUACAGCUUUGCAAGGGCUUUACUACAAUAAAGAGCUGAAUUCAAAAUUGGAACUCUUCACCAGCCGGUUCAAGGACAGAAUUGUAUCUAUGACUCUUGACAAAGAAUACGAUGUUGCGGUACAAGCAAUAAAACUACUUACUCUUGUUUUACAGAGUAGCGAAGAAGUUCUGACUGCAGAAGACUGUGAAAAUGUCUACCAUCUGGUUUACUCAGCUCAUCGUCCAGUGGCUGUCGCAGCAGGAGAAUUCCUUUAUAAAAAGCUUUUCAGUCGCAGAGACCCUGAGGAAGAUGGAAUUCUUAAGAGAAGAGGAAGGCAAGGUCCAAAUGCUAAUCUUGUCAAAACAUUAGUAUUUUUCUUUUUGGAAAGUGAGUUACACGAGCAUGCUGCUUACUUGGUGGACAGCAUGUGGGAUUGUGCAACUGACCUUUUGAAGGACUGGGAAUGUAUGAAUAGCCUUCUGUUGGAAGAACCCCUAAAUGGAGAAGAACCUUUAACAGACAAACAGGAAAGUGCGUUAAUUGAAAUAAUGCUGUGUACAAUUAGACAAGCAGCUGAAUGUCAUCCCCCUGUAGGAAGAGGCACAGGAAAACGGGUCCUUACAGCAAAGGAGAAGAAAACCCAGUUGGAUGACAGAACUAAGAUCACAGAGCUUUUUGCUAUUGCACUUCCUCAGCUCUUAGCAAAAUAUUCUGUAGAUGCAGAGAAAAUCACCAACUUGUUACAGUUGCCACAAUAUUUUGAUUUGGAAAUCUACACAACGGGGAGAUUAGAAAAGCAUUUGGAUGCCUUAUUACGACAGAUCCGGGAUAUUGUAGAAAAGCACACAGACACCGAUGUUUUGGAAGCUUGUUCUAAAACCUACCAUGCCCUCUGUAAUGAGGAGUUCACCAUCUUUAACAGAGUAGAUAUUGCAAGAAGCCAGCUAAUAGAUGAACUAGCCGAUAAAUUCAACCGGCUUCUUGAAGAUUUUCUGCAGGAGGGUGAAGAACCUGAUGAAGAUGAUGCAUAUCAGGUCUUAUCAACAUUAAAACGAAUUUCUGCUUUUCACAAUGCACAUGACCUGUCAAGGUGGGACUUGUUUAGUUGUAACUACAAGUUACUAAAAACAGGCAUUGAGAAUGGAGAUAUGCCUGAACAGAUAGUUAUUCACGCACUGCAGUGUACUCACUAUGUAAUCCUCUGGCAGCUAGCAAAAGUAGCUGAGAGCAGUUCUACAAAGGAGGACCUUCUACGCUUAAAGAAACAGAUGAGAGUUUUUUGUCAAAUCUGUCAGCACUACCUUACCAAUGUAAAUACUGCUGUUAAAGAACAGGCCUUCACUAUUUUAUGCGAUGUGUUAAUGAUCUUCAGCCAUCAGAUCAUGUCAGGAGGACGUGACAUGUUAGAGCCAUUAGUUUACACUCCCGAUUCUUCCUUACAAUCUGAACUCCUGAGUUUUAUUCUUGAUCAUGUCUUUAUUGACCAGGAUGACGAUAGCAACAGCACAGAUGGACAGCAGGAUGAUGAAGCUAGUAAGAUAGAAGCUUUGCACAAAAGAAGAAAUUUGCUUGCGGCUUUUUGUAAACUUAUUGUAUAUACCGUGGUGGAAAUGAACACUGCUGCAGAUAUUUUUAAGCAAUAUAUGAAGUAUUACAACGACUACGGAGAUAUCAUCAAAGAAACAAUGAGUAAAACGAGGCAAAUAGACAAAAUUCAGUGUGCAAAGACGUUGAUUCUCAGUUUACAGCAGCUUUUCAAUGAGAUGAUCCAAGAAAAUGGAUAUAAUUUUGAUAGAUCAUCGCCAUCUUUCAGUGGGAUUAAGGAACUGGCUCGGCGCUUUGCUUUAACAUUUGGGCUCGAUCAGCUGAAAACAAGAGAAGCCAUUGCUAUGUUACACAAAGACGGCAUAGAGUUUGCUUUUAAAGAGCCUAACCCACAAGGAGAAAGCCAUCCACCUUUAAAUUUGGCAUUUCUUGAUAUAUUGAGUGAAUUCUCUUCCAAACUUCUCAGGCAAGACAAAAAAACAGUGUAUGCUUACCUGGAGAAGUUCAUGACCUUUCAGAUGUCUCUUCGAAGAGAAGAUGUGUGGCUUCCACUCAUGUCUUACAGGAAUUCUUUGCUAGCUGGGGGGGAUGACGACACAAUGUCGGUCAUCAGUGGGAUUAGCAAUCGAGGGUCUACAGUAAGGAGCAAGAAGACAAAACCAGCCACAGGGAAGCGGAAACUCCCAGAAGCUGAGGAAAGCAGCAGCAGCGACAGCAUGUGGAUGAACAGGGAGCAGAGCAUGCACACACCCAUCAUGCUGCAGGCGCCGCAGCUCACUUCCACCAUCAUGAGGGAGCCCAAACGAUUGCGGCCAGAAGAGAACUACAUGGGCGUCUACCCCAUGCAAGCCGAGCACCAUCAGCCGCCCAUCGACUACAACACGCAGGUAACAUGGAUGCUGGCUCAACGACAGCAGGAGGAAGCAGCCAGGCAGCAGCAGGAGAGGGCAGCUAUGAACUACGUGAAGCUGAGAACCAACUUGCAGCACGCCAUUCGACGUGGCACUAGUCUCAUGGAGGACGAUGAAGAGCCCAUUGUUGAAGAUGUGAUGAUGUCAUCAGAAGGGCGCAUCGAGGAUCUCAAUGAAGGCAUGGACUUUGAUACCAUGGACAUAGACCUACCACCGUCAAAGAACAGAAGAGAAAGAACAGAGUUAAAGCCAGAUUUCUUUGACCCAGCAUCAAUCAUGGAUGAAUCUGUUCUUGGGGUAUCAAUGUUUUAAUACUAGUUCAGCAAAUAACUCCGUGGUAAAGUCAUUUUCUACUGUGGAAGAGGAGAUUUUUAAAUUAAAAAAGUGUAGAUACAGUGAUAUUCUGAACAAGAUUUUUUUCUCUAAGGAGAAUGGUGUGCUUACAUGAUCCAGUACAUUGGAGGGGCAGUUUUCUUUGCCUAAAAGAAUAAAGGACAAGUAAACGACUUGAGGAUAAGCUAUUGUUGGGAAACCAGUAUUUUAUUUAUGCAACGUUUAGUUUAUUUCCAACUCAUAGUAUAAAUAUCACUUAAAAAAUAAUCCUAGCAUCAAAGAGGUGCUUAGUGUAUGCACUUCUGUCAUCUGUUGAACAUAUUCAAGCAAUUAUGUUUUUUUUUUCCCUAGAUUAUCCUUGAAAGCAUCAGGUAAAAAUAAAAUGGGGCGAUUUGAUUUUUGAGGUUUUGAAAUCUGUGUAAUUAGAUGAAAGAAAACAUUUUUGAUGUGAUGUUUAAAUUCUGGUCCACAGAAACUUUACUUUGGUUGUGAUAAUCAUGGAAAUAAAUUACGAGUGAUUUUUUUUAUUCAGAAAUUAUUAUAGAAUAUUAAAAAAAAGAAAGAAACAACACAUGCCAAGGCUUCCUUGUUACAUAUUCAUGAAAUAUCUAAGAAUCAUAAACUGCCAGAGAGCACUGAUAUUUCAGCUUACCUAUCUCUAACCCUAAGAGUUUGCUUGUCCUUUAAGAAAAGCAAAUGUAAUAUUGUGAGAUUCCUUCCAGUAGUGCCACUGUAUUUUGUCUCCAAAUAAGCUUAUUGUAGUAUGUUUGCAGAAAAAAAAUUCUAAACAAAAAUAUACAGCUUAUUAGAGUGUGGGAAUAGGGGUCUAAAUUUUAAAUAAAAAGUAUAAAUAUAUAUAUAUAUAUAAAAAAAUUGGUGCUGAUUUUAUAAUUGCGCAGUUUUAGUUUUUUCUUACUUUUAAAUUCCAACUUAAAAAAUUAUGAGGUUUCAGAAAUAUAUUGAAAAUUUAACAAUGUUUAAAAAAUAGAUUUAAGCAUGAGAAUUUCAUGCUUUAAAAUGAUUUUUAAAUUUGUAUUUUAUAUUGUUUUAUCUAUCUCUGUCUUUGCAAGCAGUCUUCAGGUUAAUGAUACUUCUAACAGGUUACAGGACAUUUCUUCUGUAUGUAAAUUGAAUUGGGUAAUAGAACUUCAUCAGUACCCCAUAAUAUUCUUUGAAAGCUAAGCUUUAAAUGAAUUUCAUUGCUUCUUUUUCACAAUUAAAUUAAAAAAAAAAUUAAAACCCAUGGAUUUAUGUCAUUUCAACGUUACUCAUUUUGCCAUGCUUAGGCAGCUAGACAACAUUUAAAGGAAAUAUUAACUUAUAACACAAAUGUAUAUUUUUGUCAGUUGUCUCUCAGUUCUUGAGGUAUAUUAUUUCUAAUCAUUCCAUGCGCCUUAAUAUGCUUGCAAUAUGAUAAUUUCCUCAACUAAGCAAAUAGAAGAACCUCUUAGACAAAAGGAAAAAAAAAUUAAUCAAAGCUUGGGCUGUGGUAGCCAUAAACCAUAGAUUCUCUAAAGGAUCCCGAUAGCAUAAUUAUUUUGAAAAUCAUGACGUAAUACACAGAGCCAGUUUUGCAUAACUCCAUUCUGCAUAAAUAUUCACAUGUCUAAAAUACUGCCUAUAUUUCUUUUCUUUUUUCCCCUCCCCUCUUCCUUUACACCACUGCGUUUAAAUAGAACUGCUGAGAGGACUGUAUAUAUGAUUUUGUUGAUUUUUUUUUCUUACUCUUGAAGGAGUGUUUCUUUGUGAAAGCAGUUCUUACAGCUUUAUGUUUUCAGACUAAAAAUGUUUUAUAUAUUUACCUUUAACCUGUUGUCCUCCACAUUCUAUCGUCCUAAUUGUACUGUUUUCUGAUUUGUAUUUAUGUCUUGAGACAAGUAACUUUUUGAAUAAAAAUAAACCUACAGUAUGUUGUAAGUUUGAUCUUUUUGAAUCAAAGGUAGAGGAAGAAAAUAAAAGUGUGAAUGGUAUAAAAAAUGUUAUGUUUAUAAGAAUUAAAGCUUUUUCCAUGUCUUUUAAGUGUUUGUCUCAGAAUUGGGAUAAUGUAUGGAAAACUGCACUGUUUUAUAUUUGUAAUAAAUUGUACAAGUUUUUAAAAUGUGAAUAAAGCACUAAUUGGGUUAAUAAUUUAAA